AUGUCUAUGCUACAAGGAACCCGUAAAACCAAGCUGUCUAAUCAGCAACAACCAGCUCUCUCGAACACACUCAUUGCUCGCAUCAAUCACCUCGCAUCACUCGUUCGCAAUCUCCCGUCUUCGCUGCCGCUGGAACCAUCCAAGUCAAUGUAUCAGUUCAGCCUGGAUGCAGACUUCGAAAAGGAGGAGGGUACCUUCGCCGCAUUCUCACGCACCCUGGAAUGUGUGUUCCAAACGCACACGCUCGGCCGGGAUGAGGAGAUUAUAUUCACCGAGCGAGGUCGUCGUUGCGAGGAUUUAAUACACUUCUUCAAGACGUGCAUGCGGCCAAUGACUGGCAGUGAACGCGAGACUAUCAGGACCGCAUGGCUUGAGUGGUUGAUCAGAGGAGCGAAGGCGACAGGUGGAAGUAUUCCUAAGAAAAGACGCGUCAUCGUCUCGAGCUCCGAUUCUGAGGAUGAAGCUCUCAACUUGAAGCCUAGAGUCCAUGACUUCUUCAAGAAGCCAACUCGGCCUGUCCCGAAGCCCACUGCAGCCAGCAGGUCGGAGCCCUCCGCUACAAUUGAUCUCAUCAGCAGUAGCAGCAAAUCAGAGGAUGACAGCAUACAUACCACACUCAAGCCACCUCCGAGGGCCACCAGAGGACAGAAGAGGAAGGAGAAGGCUGACAUGGGCAAUGACUCGGACAUCGAUCAGUUGCCACCAAACAAGCAAGGGAAGCUGAAUAUGUUUGGAUGGACAUCGAUGACACGAGACGAAGCACAUGAAAAGUGGAGAAACGAAGCCAAGGCGAGCGACACAAGGAGUGCCAAGUUGGCAGAGCAGGAACGGGAGCGGCGUGAAGUGAAGGCUGCGCACAAACGUGAAGUUGACCGACUUCGUCAGCAACGCCAUCGUGCACGGACAAGAGCUCUGAAGAAGGACCAACCUCGUACACCAAAUGCCAGAGCUAGCACUGGCCUGCAACACCAGCAAACGGGAGGGAGUGAUGACCGGGAGGAGCUGGCUGACCUUGCCGAGAUCUCUCGGCCGCACGGUGCGGCCUGGAAGAAGAUCCGGAAUGGGAAGAACGGCGGAGUCGUACAGCAGCGACACAAGAAGACAAAUUGGUUCCACCCAUUCUUAUGGACUCACAUCAAUCGCAUGGCGCCCCAGGUUGGCUGGUCCGCAACGCUUCUCGCACGGAGUCUCCAGCGUGAUCACCCCGAGCUCUUUUCACGUCUGUCAAAGGGAACCAUUCAGCACUGGUUGUCGAAGCACGGCAAGCGCUGGUCGACACAAACCCUCAAAAGUGUUGCAAAUCGCAGAGUCUUGACAGCAUCUGGCCGAGCGGGGGUGCUUACGAAGUACCCGGAGAUUAUCUUCGAAGCGAAGACGCGCUUGAUCAACCUGCGCAAGUCUGGAAUUCCUGUCAAUCGUGUACUUGGGCGGUCUAUCUUGCUCGCCUUGAUUAAACGGCUCCAGCCAGCGCUGUUGGACACAUUCAAGUGUUCCGAGCGCUUUGUCGGCGACUUCUUCUCCAGUGUUCUUGGCUGGUCUGUUCGGAAGGGGACACGGGCAGCAGCUCACAUCCCAGACAACGCCACAGAGCUGUGCGAGCGCACAUUCUUCCGCAUUGUGCAUGCUGUGGUCAUGUAUGACAUCCCAGCCACACUCAUUGUCGGAAUGGAUCAGACCGGCGUGUAUGUCCUACCAAACAACAACACCACCUACGAAGAGACAGGAGUGCGUCAGGUGAAUGUUGCGGCGAAGGAUGAAAAGCGGGCUUACACUUUAUGUGUUGCCACAAGUGCCGACGGAGAUAUCCUACCUUUUCAACAAGUAUGGAGCGGGCAAAGCACACGAUCACUUCCCGAUUCAGACGCCAAUGGGAUGGGACCUUAA